AUUGACGAGAGUCAUGGACGACGCGCAGUUCCUGUUUGCUGUGAUAGAGGACGGAGGCCGGCAGAGAGUCUAGCGUGGCCUGACGUCACUGUGCGCUAAUAUUUACAAAGUAUUAAUAAAACAAUACUGUCCAAGUGUUAUUUUUGAUACCGUAAUUACGAACUCUGUUGUGUUAGUGUUUGAGGUGUUUACAGGAAAUCUACAAAGAAAAAUAAGGCUCUUUGCGACGACAACAUGGGACUCCAAUUCGAAGGUGCAAUUGACAAUAUUAGUGAACCUCAGUUGGCUUUCAUACGUGAUGUCUUAGAAAAAAGAGGUUACAAAGACACAAAAGUGACAUUUGAAGCAGUUGGACAAGCAGGGGAUAACUACGUCGCCAAUGUUAAAAGAAUUGUGGUUCGAAACGAAAAUGGGGUAUUUAAAAUGAUAGCGAAAAUUGCGCCACAACAAGAGUUUUUAAGAAAUGCCGUGGAAACGGAUCAGGUUUUUAAAAAUGAACUCAUUAUGUAUAAAUUGGUUCUACCUAAAUUUCAACAACUGGAAGAACAAGCAGACCUGUUGAAGGAAGACAGGUUGAGGUUUGCGGAAUGCUACGGUGCUUCAAUGGCAGCGCCUCACGAAGUAAUCCUUCUGGAAGAUAUGAAUGAACCAGGCUUCAUCAUGUUGGAUAGAUUUAAGCCCUUAUCCGAUGAAUGCAUCAGAUCAGUGCUGAGGAAUUUGGCUCUUUUACACUCCCUUUCCUACGCCCUAAAAUAUAAAGAAUUGGACGUUUUCAAUGAAUACAAAAAUAGCUUGUUUGAUAUGUGGGGUAAUCUACUGGACAAACCACUUACAAAAACGCACUUUGGCAAUAUGCAAAACACGUUCAUGAAAAUUGUAGAUGGAGACCAUAGGAAGAGGAUUAUAAAAGACAGCAUUAUCCAAGGGAUCACGCUAUGCACAAAGUUUGCGAAACAAGACGAAGGCUCCAAAUAUUCCGUCAUCCAGCAGGGCGACUCGUGGAUAAACAACAUAUUGUUCAGAUUUGAUGGAGACUCGCUGCAAGAAUCCGUGUUGAUAGACUACCAGAUGUCAAAAGUAUCAAACCCUUGUUGUGAUAUAUUGUACAUGCUCUUAACCUGCACAGACCAUAAGUCUCGAUUGAAUCAUUUCCAUGAUUGGAUUGAAUUUUAUCAUUCUGAAUUGGACAAGGCACUUGCCAAUCACGGUCUUAAGGCCAAUUACGUGUACCCUAGAGACCAACUUGAUGCUGACUUAAAGAGAUAUGCUAAAGUCAUGUUCGGUUUAGCAGUUAUUGUAGCUCACAGCCUAGCUAAGAAAAAUGAGGAUGCCGCGAAAAUGAAGGAAAUUAUGAAGGAAGAGGUUGACGCUGAUACCCUAAACGAAUUGUUACAAAUCGAUGACGAAACCACGCAAAUUCUUAAAAGGAGAUUAGAAGGGCUUGUAGAUAGUUUAUUGAAAUUUGGAUUAUUGUAGAGUAUAUGUAAAAACUAAUUUAAUUAAGGAGGGUCGUGUUUGUUAAUUUAUUACUUGAACGUGUUUUGUAUUAGCCUGUGUAAGUAGUGUGUUUAGGCCGUUUAGUCGGGAAAUAUUGGAUCAGAAAGAAGCCCAAUUUAGUAUAUUUUGUGCUUGUGGCAUAACCACCAUUUCAUAUGGGUGUGGUUAAUUUACUUCCAUUUGUUUCUUUUUAUAUUGCAUUACAAUACGACUAAGUGCUAUGUGUAUUUUAUUUUGACAUUCAUUAAUGAUAUGAAAACGAUAGCUUUUAAUAACUCAUACAUUAAAAUAUUUAAUUAUUAAUACAAUUCCUCUAUUUAUAAAUUUUCAUUAUCAGCUCCUAGAAUUAGAAUUUAGACUCUACAAUAUAGUCGAUUGCAAUACAAUGUAACAAGACUUCAAAAAAAUAAUAAUUCUCUUAGCACUGUCAAAGCUUUUUGAAAGGCUCGUGCAUAUUAAACUGUAUCCUUAUAUUCAUAACAUUAUUAUACCCCAACAUGAUUUUUUAAAAGGUAGAUCAACUAUUAUAAACCUACUUAUUUUUUCUACUUAUUUGAAAACAUGGACAAACAUUUGCAAACCGGGACCAUCUAUAUAGACUUUCACGAAGCCUUUGACAGGGUUAACUACAAACUUUUGUUCAAUAAAAUUGCUUUUAAUGGCAUAAGGGGCAACUUGUUUCGCUGGUUUGUGUCAUAUGUUACCAAUAGGUGUCAAAAAGUAGUAGUCUAUAGGCGUAGUUCUCAAUAUGUACAGGUUACUACUCCAUGUACUCGGUCCACUUCUUUUCACAAUAUUUACAUUAGAUAUAACGACGCUUAUAGUUGCUUCCACAAUUCUUUUCUUAGCAAUAAUGCCGCCCAUUGUAUACCAUAGAUUUAAGAAAAUGUAUUAAUGUUGUUUGUGUGUUUCUUUUUAACAAUAGUUACAAUAAAGAGUAUUUCCACGCUUGAGAGGAAAUCAUAUCUAAGCGACAAAUAUACCGAAAAUAAUAAAAAAAAAACUUUAUUUUUCUGCGUCAAUUGUCAAUUGUUGGUUUUGUAGGUCUAGCACAAUUUUAAUAUCAUUAGACUAUAUCUUAUAAAAUAAAAAGUUGAAUUGUUAUGAAUUUUCAUAUUAAAAUCAACACUUUAAAGCACUUUACUCCAAAAUUUACUGUUUUUCGUUUAGAUAUGAUUGCCUUUCAAGUGUUAAUUUGUAUUUGUA